UGGUUAGUUAACUGUCAAAAAGUACGGUGUAAAAAAAUCAUAAAUUAGUGAUUUAUUGCGAAACGUAUUAUUUUUUGUGGAAAGUCAAUAUAAAACACUGGAUAUUUAAUAAUUGUUCAAAAAAGUCCCCUAGAAGACGAAAACUAUGGAUGUUGAGACUGAAGGAACAGAUGCUAAAGAACGAUCUUCGCCAGCUUUGAGCAACCGCUCGCGUUCCCGUUCGAAAUCUGUGGAAAGAAAUGAAAUAAUGUCAAAUGGAGUUACCUCUCCAGCUUUCUCAUCAAAAUCUGGAUCACGCAAAUCAGCAUCCAGAUCGCGAUCCAGAUCAAGUUCUCCACAAAUGAACGGGGACGCCGCUCGGAAUUCCAAACCCAGAUCCAGAAGCGUCUCGCCAGCUAGAAGUGAGGGUGAACGCAAAUCCAGAUCAAGAUCUAGAUCUGGGAGUGCACGUUCUGGCUCUAGAUCUCCCUCCGGAUCACCGAAACGAUCCCGUUCACGAUCCUCAAGUCAAGGAUCACGAAAGGCAGUUUCACGAUCAAAAUCUCGUUCUAGAUCUAGAUCAGCAUCUCUCGCACAACGCAAUUCUAGAUCCAGAUCGCCCUCAGGGUCCAGGAAAGGGUCACGUUCGAGGUCACGCUCGGGUUCGGCAAGACCCACCUCUGCACAGUCUCGAAAAUCACGUUCACGUUCAGGAUCAGCAAAAUCAGCUAGUUCUAGAAAGUCGCGUUCAAGGUCAGGAUCUGCAAAGUCUGUGGGUUCUAGAAAAUCGCGUUCAAGAUCGGGUUCUGUGAAAUCCGUGGGUUCUAGAAAAUCGCGUUCAAGAUCGGGUUCGGCAAAAUCCGUGGGUUCUAGAAGAUCGCGUUCAAGAUCAGGUUCUGCGAAAUCCGUAGGUUCCAGAAGAUCACGUUCAAGGUCGGCUUCUGCGAAAUCCGCAGGUUCCAGGAGAUCGCGUUCAAGAUCGGGUUCUGCGAAAUCCGUGGGUUCUAGAAGAUCGCGUUCAAGAUCGGGUUCUGCGAAAUCCGUAGGUUCCAGAGGAUCGCGUUCAAGAUCGGGUUCUGCGAAAUCCGUGGGUUCCAGAAGAUCGCGCUCAAGAUCGGGUUCUGCAAAAUCGGUGGGUUCUAGAAAGUCACGAUCAAGGUCGGGUUCUGUGAGAUCUAACAAGUCAGGCUCGCGAUCACGCUCAAGGUCCAGAUCUGGAUCAAGAAGGUCUAGAUCGGGUUCUGCUAGAUCUCGAUCAGGUUCCGCAAGAUCACGAUCCGGAUCCCGGAGAUCAAGAUCCGGUUCCGCGAGAUCACGAUCUGGCUCCAGAAGAUCAAGGUCUGGAUCGGCACGUUCACGCUCUAGAUCCGGUUCUAGAUCCAGAUCUAGAUCUGGUUCCAGACGUUCGAGAUCUGGUUCCGUGAGAUCUAGAUCACGGUCACGUUCCGCGUCUGGAUCGCGCAAAUCCGGUUCGCGUUCAAGGUCAAGAUCCAGGUCCGGUUCUGCGAAAUCACGAUCAAGAUCUCGUUCCGGUUCGUAUUCUGGAAACGAAGGAGGAGUAGGUCGAAAACGACGUUUGGUUUCCGAUUCGGAAGAUGAAGGGGAAGGACCACCGAAAGCGAAAAAGGCUGUAGUUAGUGACGAUGAAGGUGGGGAACCUUCAGGGGAGAAAAAUAUUGAAGGUGAACCGGAAGAAGCCGGAAACGAAGUGGUUCCGGAUGUUUCUGAAGAUUCUGAUGAUGAAAGACCCACACAUGAAUCAAAUGAUGGAUUAUCGGACUUUGAAAUAAUGUUACAGCGAAAGCGAGAAGAGCAGUCUAAGAAACGGAAAAGAAAGGAUAUAGAUAUCAUUAAUGACAAUGAUGAUAUAAUCGCACAAUUAUUAGCAGAUAUGAGAAAUGCAGCUGAAGACGACCGAAGACUGAACCAACUAAGUCAACCAGCAACGAAAAAAAUUGGCAUGCUAAGCAAGGUCAUGUCGCAGUUAAAAAAACACGAUUUGCAAUUAGCUUUCAUAGAACAUAACGUCCUUAGCGUCUUAACCGAUUGGUUGGCCCCAAUGCCUGAUCGUUCGUUACCUUCUUUGCAAGUAAGAGAGGCUAUACUAAAACUGUUGGCUGAAUUCCCUAAAGUCGACCAGUCUACAAGAAAACACUCCGGAAUCGGCAAAGCUGUGAUGUAUCUCUACAAACACCCCAAAGAAACGAAAGAAAACAAAGAGCGAGCCGGCAAAUUGAUAAGCGAGUGGGUGCGACCAAUUUUCAACCUUUCGGCCGACUUCAAAGCGAUGACUCGCGAGGAACGUCUUCAAAGAGACUUGGAGCAGCUUCCAAAACGUGGAAGGAACGAGCAACAGUCGUCUUCCGAACGGAAAGAGCUGACGAAAGCGUUAAAUUCGGAGGGAAAACCUUUGAGACCUGGAGAUAAGGGAUGGGUUGCACGGGCGAGAGUUCCUAUGCCUUCCAAUAAAGAUUAUCUUGUACGGCCUAAGUGGACAUCUGAGGUUGAUAUCAGCAGGUCAUCGAAGAAGCAAAUGAACAGAUUUGAGAAGCAUUACAAGAACUUCCUGGACGGUAAACGAUUGAAACAACCAAGAAGAGCUGUAGAAAUAUCGAUUGAAGGACGAAAUAUGGCGUUGUAAACGGUUUUCUAGCGAAUCGAUUACUUAAUAUUGAAGUUGAAUGAAUUAAGUUUUGGUCAAAGUCACUUCAUCACCCCGCAUUAUGUGAUGAAGUUUUGGUUCUUUUAAGUAAUUAAUUUUACUUAUUUUUCCUCAUAUUAUUUUAUUUACAAAUGAUAAGAUUUUAAACGAAGUUGUGUUCCAAGUUGAGAUUCUUUAAAAUGUUAUUGUAUUGCUUUUAUGUGUAUGAAGUAUUAAAUAAUUUUUUUACA